GAGAGAAAGGCCAAUGCCAGAAACAAAGAAGCAACUUCUUGUUGUGGGUGCUGGGGCGUCAGGGCUUCCGUCGAUAAGACAUGCCCUGCUGUACCCGAAUGUCGAGGUGACUUGCUUUGAAAAAACUAAUGAAGUCGGAGGAUUAUGGAAUUAUAAGCCAUAUAAGACCGAGUUGUCAACGGUCAUGAAGUCUACCGUAAUCAAUACGUCAAAGGAAAUGACGUCAUUCUCGGAUUUUCCACCUGAAGACACUAUGGCUAAUUUCAUGCAUAACACGGAAAUGUGCAGAUAUUUGAAUAAUUAUGCAAAACAUCAUGAACUUUUGAAAUAUAUUAAAUUUAAUAACUCGGUUAUUUCAAUUGAUAGAAAUGAUGAUUAUGACGUCACUGGGAAGUGGAAGGUCCGAUAUUCGGAUGAAACUGGCGCUGAAAAAACUCGAAUUUUCGACGGAGUAAUGCUAUGCUCAGGACAUCACGCAAUCCCUCAUAUCCCAAAACCAUGGCCUGGACAGGAAAAAUUCAAGGGUCGUAUUACACAUUCUCAUGAUUAUAAGGAUCAUAAAGGGUAUGAAGAUAAGACAGUUGUUGUCGUUGGAAUCGGGAAUUCGGGUGGUGACUUGGCAGUUGAGUUGAGCAGAAUUUCGAAGCAAGUCUAUCUGGUUACACGACGUGGAAGUUGGAUUUUUAAUCGACUUUUUGAUCGUGGAGAACCGCUGGAUAUGUGCUUGAAUUCAAAAUUCCAAAUGUGGCUCUCCGAAACUAUACCAUUUCCACUUGUCAAUUGGAAUUUCGAGCGUCUUUUGAAUAUGAGAUUCGAUCAUGCAAAGUAUGGGCUCAAGCCCAAUCAUCCUGCAAUGGGUGCACAUAUCACAGUAAACGACGAAUUACCAAAUAGAAUUGCAUCUGGAACAGUUCGAGUAAAACCAGGAAUCAAAUCAUUUACAGAGACUUCUAUCCAUUUUGAGGAUGGAACUUUUGUAGAAAAUGUGGACGAAGUGAUUCUAGCAACUGGAUUUUCAUUUCAUUUCAAUUUAAUCGAAAAUGGAAAUUUGGUAAAAGUGGAUGAGAAUAAGACGGAUGCAUUUAAAUAUAUGUUUCCAAUGGCUACAGCUGAUAAGAAUACUUUAGCAGUGAUUGGUUUGGUUCAAGUAAUUGGAUCAAUUAUGCCAAUUAGUGAAAUGCAGGCGAGAGUCUAUUUGGAAUCUUUUGCUGCUGGAAGAGAAUUGCCGAGUAAAGAGGAGAUGUUCCACAACGUAAUUGCCAAGCGUCAACAAAUGGCGAAUCGGUACGUGGAAAGCCGUCGGCACACGAUUCAAGUCGAUUUCCUACCGUACCUCCAUGAACUCGGUGCUCUAAUUGGUUGUAAUCCAGAUAUGAAGGCUCUUUGGAUGAAGAAUCCAUUGCUUGCUUGGAGAGUUUAUUUUGGUCCUUGUGUUCCAUAUGUGUUCCGUUUAAACGGACCAAACACGUGGCAAGGCGCCGAACAGGCAAUUUGGGAUGUUGAUUAUCGAUCGGAGUGUGCGACGAAUAGUAAAGCUGUCAGAAAGGAGUAAUCGAAGAAAGAAUUGUAAAAAUUGUAACAAAAAUUGUUUGAAUUUUCUUGAAAUAAAUGUAUUUUUGACU